UCAAGAUCUUUCAAACCUGUACGAGUUUAUUUCUUCUGUUGGACAUAAAAGAAGAAUAAAGAAGAAAUAUAAAUUUUAUGGAAGUAAUCCAGAAAAUGAUUGGUUACCCUCAAUAUUCAAAAUAUAUUAUUUUGUGUUCAGAAGAAGAAGAAAAUUCAUAGAGCUUUGGAACAACUUAAGGGUGAGUAGGCCUAAGUGAUCGACAGAAUUUUCUUUUUUGGGUGAACUAUCCCUUUAGUAUCCUAAUAUUCUACGUAGAAUCCCUGAAUUUGACUACCAUUAAUACUAAUGUGUGUUUAAUUCCAAAAGCUUGGAUUGAACGACUGCAGAUGAACUGUAACGAAUUUCUCUUGGAUGAAUCUGAACUCCCUUUGGAUGAAAUCGAUUUCUGGAGAGAACUUCAGAAAAAAUAUCUGGAACCUCUUAAAGAGAAUAAAGAGCAUCAGGAAAAAAUUGCUAAUGAUCUGAAAGAUCUUCGAAAUAAAGCUACAUUUGUCUUUUUCUUCUGCAAUGCACUUUGGCUGGUGGCAACUUUCUUCCUUCAGGCAAUUGGCAGCACAGUCUCCAUAAAGAUCCCAAAAGUCUAUCCAAAUGGGACUCAUGCCAUGUCAGAAGACUUUUCUAUAGAUCCAAUCGCACUGAUGUUUCUACUGAGCUUUGCAUCAUUGCUGUUAAUUCAGUUUUUUGCAAUGCUUUACCACAGAAUCUACACAUUAAUCCAUUUUGUGGCAUAUGCGGACACAGAAAUUAAAUCUUAUAGAAAGCAGUCACAUCAGAUCCCGGACUCAAACCACCAGCCUGAGAUGAAUGACCCAGACACAGCCUUAUUUUUUGAGAACCCCUCUGCUAUGCCUACAAAUGCAGUAUAAUGUUUUGUAUUUAAUAAUAUUAAUUUUUAUAGUCUGGUGGAUACUAAUAUAGAGCAAAUAUAAUGUUCUGAAUAUUUAUUUAGUGUAUAAACCUGAAUGUUCUGUUGUAAAGUAAAAAAUCAUGCCAGCCAAUUAACUGAUUAAUUUUUUUUUAUUGUAUUAAUUACAUGAGAUGCCAAGUAAUAAUAAAAUAAUCACAAUAAAUCACAUAUUGAAUAUUAGCAUUACAUAUUAUACACAAUACAAGAAAUGGCCAAUUAUGUAUUGUUUGUUAGUCAUUAUAUUAUUUACUUUCACUUUAUUAUUAUUUCCAUUCCAUAUACCAUGACACUAUAUUUAUUCUUUCUUUUUAAAAAAUAACCACACUAAAAUAACAUGUUAAACUGACAGUCAUAUAGAAAUACUUUAAGUUUAGUUUAUACACAUUUACUUUAGAGUGUAAGUAGGAAAACAUUAAAUCUAUUAAAAUGAUAUAUGCUCUUUAGAAAAUGUCUCUCACUGUGACUCAGGAAGUUUUAAUGUUAUUAAACAGAAGUUCCGUUUCUGUGAAUACUUGUAUACUUGCUUUUCUGUCUGAGAAGACAAACA